UUUUUUUAAAUUAUAGUAUUAGAUUUUGGCCGAAAUGAAGCACUUGAACAAGCAUUACAUGCAUAUAGACUUCCAAGUGUCCACUUUACUAAUAUUAAAUUAAAGAAUGGAAUUGAUUUUGGUUCCUUAUGGUGUUUCUUUGGAGGAGAAAAGACCGGAAAAGAGAUAUCCUGUUUUAAUUGAUGUUUAUGCUGGACCGGGAACACAAAAAGUUACCGAAGAAUGGCUUUCUGCAAAUAUGUUUGAUGUAUUUUUUGCUUCUUCUUUGGAUUACGUAGUUAUAUUUAUUGAUGGACGUGGCUCUGGGCAUCAAGGCUGGAGAAUGAAGCAGCCUCUUUAUGGAAAUUUUGGAACUGUUGAAAUUGACGAUCAAAUUGACACAAUGAGAGAAUUGCUUAGACUUUAUCCAAUUUUGGAUUCAAAACGUGUUGGAAUUUGGGGAUGGUCUUAUGGAGGUUUUGCUGCUGCCCGAGCUGUUCAACGAGAUCAUUCUUCAAAUAGGACAUUUCAAUGUGCGGCUAGUGUUGCGCCUGUUUCUAAUUUUAAAUAUUAUGAUGCAACAUACGCAGAAAGAUAUAUGGGGGAAGUUGGUGCUGAUGCUUAUGAAAGGACAGAUUUGACACAGGAUGUGAGACCAUUCCACAAUGUUUCAUUUAUGCUUGCUCAUGGUUCUGCUGAUGAUAAUGUUCACUAUCAAAACACGGCAGAAUUUGUGAGGGCUUUAACUGAAGAAAAUGUUCAAUUUGAAUUGAUGGUAUAUACUGAUGAUUCUCAUAAUUUAAGUUCAGUCCGAUGGCAUUUAUAUACAAUGAUUGUGCAAUUUUUGAAGAAAUGCUUUAAUGGAAGUAAAAUUUGA